CACGAACCCGCCAGCAUCGUCCAGUAGGAUUGAGCAACUUCCACGUCUUUGGGCCGAAAGGCAUAUCUUUGCAUCCUCUGUGACUGUUCCCAUCCCAUCUUUCAACUUUUGCCCGAGCACACACGGAACGUAGACUCACACUGCUGCGAGCUCACAAGAGCAAUACUCGAUACUCGAGACCUUCGAUUCUCCUACACCACUUCUGACUUCCUGGUUUUCAACACACUACCGCCAACAUGGCGAGCAACAUGUCCUUUACAGAUCGUGCGACCCAAGCGUUAGCAGAGGCACAGGAUCUAGCACAACAAUACCAACAUUCGCAAUUAAUGCCUCUGCAUCUUGCAGUUGCACUCAUCGACCCGCAACCAGACCAGUCGAAAGACCAGCAAACAAACAACUCACACGCAUCACAUGCUGCCAGCUCAGCACCUUUGUUCAAACAGGUCAUUGAGCGGGCACAUGGUGAUCCACAAUUGGCUGAGCGAGCACUGAAAAAGUCUCUGGUACGGAUACCCUCACAGGACCCGCCGCCAGAGAAUAUCAGCGUAGCGCCAGCUUUCUCGAAAGUCUUACGGAGCGCGAACGAGCUUUCAAAAACACAAAAAGACUCCUACAUCGCUGUCGACCACUUAAUACAAUGUCUGGUGCAAGACACAACGAUACAGAAAUGUCUCGCCGAAGCGAACAUCCCCAACACCAAGCUUGUCGACCAAGCCAUUCAACAAAUUCGAGGAACGAAGCGAGUUGACAGCAAGACUGCAGAUGCUGAGGAGGAAAACGAAAACUUGAAGAAGUUCACAAUCGACAUGACGGCAAUGGCACGCGACGGCAAGAUUGAUCCUGUCAUUGGCCGUGAAGAGGAAAUCAGACGAGUGAUUCGGAUCCUCUCGCGAAGGACGAAGAACAACCCAGUACUUAUUGGCGAGCCUGGUGUCGGCAAAACAACAGUCGUCGAAGGUCUGGCACGCCGAAUUGUCGAUGCCGAUGUGCCAGCAGGACUUGCAGCCUGCAAGCUCCUCUCGCUCGAUGUUGGUGCGCUUGUCGCCGGGUCUAAGUACCGUGGUGAGUUCGAAGAGCGCAUGAAGGGUGUUCUGAAAGAGAUCGAGGAUAGCAAGGAGAUGAUUGUCCUUUUCGUGGACGAGAUCCAUCUGCUCAUGGGAGCUGGUAGCUCAGGCGAGGGUGGUAUGGAUGCGGCAAACCUGCUCAAACCUAUGCUUGCUCGAGGACAACUUCACUGCAUUGGUGCCACGACACUCGCCGAAUACCGAAAAUACAUUGAAAAGGAUCAGGCGUUCGAGCGUCGUUUCCAACAAGUUAUGGUCAAGGAACCCUCAGUGGCCGAGACAAUCUCCAUCCUGCGUGGCCUCAAGGAGAAAUACGAAGUGCAUCACGGUGUCACGAUCCAGGAUGGUGCAAUCAUAGCUGCGGCCACAUUGGCAGCUCGCUACCUCACUCAACGCAGACUGCCCGACUCAGCUGUCGACUUGGUCGAUGAAGCUGCAGCCGCGGUCCGCGUAGAACGCGAGUCUCAACCCGAGGUUCUCGACAACAUGGAGCGUAAACUGCGCCAGCUGGAAAUCGAGAUCCACGCACUUGAUCGCGAAAAGGAUGAAGCGUCACAAUCACGCUUGAGGGAGGCUCGAGCCGAGAAGGCCAACAUUGAAGAAGAGCUCAAGCCACUUCGCGAAAUGUACGAAACCGAAAAGAAGCGAUCAAAGGAGAUUCAAGAACAAAAGAUCAAACUUGACUCGCUUCGCAACAAGCUCGAGGAGGCCGAACGAACACGGGACCUGCAAUCUGCUUCGGACAUCAAAUUCUAUGCCAUUCCAGACACUGAGAAGCGCAUCCGAGAGCUGGAGGCACAGAAGAAGCAAGCAGAGGAAGAGGAGGCUGCUCGUCGCGGCGCGGCUGGCGAUACUAAUGCUCUUGUUGCCGACGCAGUGGGACCGGAUCAGAUCAACGAAAUCGUCGGGCGCUGGACGGGCAUUCCAGUCACGAGACUUCGAACCACCGAGAAAGAGAAGCUCCUACACAUGGAAAAGGUUCUGGGCGACCAAGUGGUCGGCCAGAAGGAGGCAGUCACGUCCGUUGCGAACGCCAUUCGAUUGCAACGCUCUGGUCUCGCCAAUCCUGGUCAGCCGCCGUCAUUCCUCUUCUGUGGUCCCUCCGGUACAGGCAAGACGUUGCUCACAAAGGCCCUGGCGGAAUUCCUGUUCGACGACCCCAAGUCCAUGAUUCGAUUCGACAUGUCCGAAUAUCAAGAACGACACUCGCUCUCACGCAUGAUCGGCGCACCUCCAGGAUAUGUCGGACAUGAUGCAGGCGGUCAACUCACGGAGGCUCUUCGUCGCAGACCAUUCAGCAUUCUUCUCUUUGACGAGGUCGAAAAGGCCGCCAAGGAAGUCCUCACCGUCCUCCUGCAGCUCAUGGACGAUGGUCGUAUCACCGAUGGCCAAGGACGCAUCAUCGACGCCAAGAACUGUAUCGUCGUGAUGACAUCCAACUUGGGUGCUGAGUACCUGGCUCGACCGAAUGCAGCUGAUGGCAAAAUUGAUCCAACGACCAAGGAGCUUGUCAUGACAGCCUUGAGAAACUACUUCCUACCAGAGUUCCUCAAUCGUAUCUCCAGCAUCGUCAUCUUUAACCGCCUCACUAAGAGGGAGAUUCGCAGGAUUGUCGAUGUCAGAUUACAGGAGAUUCAAAAGCGGCUGCAGACCAAUGGUCGCAACGUGCGCAUCGACUUGUCGGACGAAGUCAAAGACUACCUUGGAGCGGCAGGAUAUUCACCCGCCUACGGUGCCAGGCCGCUCGCGCGACUCAUCGAGAAGGAGGUCCUCAACCGGCUGGCCGUGCUUAUCCUUCGUGGCUCAAUCAGGGAUGGCGAAACUGCGCGAGUGGAGCUUGAAGAUGGACACAUUGUCGUCCUCCCCAACCACGGCGAGAGUGAGGCUUCUGAAGACGAAGAGAUGUGGGAUAGUGAAGACGAUGCCGUUCAAGAGCUAACGAACGGCGAUGGGGAGAUGGAUUUAUACGAUGACUAAAGCAUUGCAUGAGUGAGGACGGAUAAAAGGCGUUGGCUGAACUGAACAGCGUUCUAGCGAUGGGUUUCAUGGAAUACGGUUAACGAAUUAUGGUAAUGGCAACGCACCUAGUAGAUAGACCAUCGAAAGUAUGAAUUGAUGCUUUACUUCCAGCGAAUGUGCCGAGUUACAAGUUUCGCGCCUAUGAUCAUAGUGUCUCAGAUAUGCAUCGAGUAGACAUGGGACUCUCGUGGCCUUUGAGCCUGGGCGAACCAUUGCUUAGUGCGAACAUGUUGAU